GCAGUAAUGUCGCAAUGCAAGAUUCUUCGAUGCAAUUCUGAAUAUGUUUUUGCAACAAACCAUCUCGAUGAUUCUUUGAAUGAAGACUAUUGUAUCGCUUUACGAUCUUACUCACUCUGUACCCAACGAACUGCUUGGUUCUGCCGCGGUGACCUGGCGUACCAUUCUGCUGUGCAAGGAAUUGAGGACUUAAUGAUCCAGCAUAAUUGCUCCAAGGAAGGAGCAGUCUCACCACCUCGUCCACGCGUCCCAGUCGAUAAUCAGGAAAAUUCACACCUGCCAGACACCUGCAAAUAUGAAAAGAGCUUUUAUUUUAAACAGCGCCAGAAACCGACCUACCUGCACUGUGAUGUCUUUGGAAAUCUCCACAUUAGGACAUUUUACAAUGAUUUUCAGACAUGCAGAGUUCAGGGUGCAUGGCCAGUGAUUGACAACAAUUACCUAUCUGUGCAACUGACUAAUGUGCCUAUCUUGCCACAUUACAAUAUAUCAGCAAUCAGCAAGAUUACUGCUAUUUUCAAAAACUCCAAGGAAUGCAUUGACCAGAAAGUGUAUCAAGCUGAAAUUGGCAAUGUUCCGGCUGCAUUUGUAGAUGGGUCUGUAAAUGGUGGUGAUAGAAAUGGGGCCAACAGUCUGGUGAUCAAGGAAAAGUUGGAUGCUGGCCAUGUGGAGAUCCAGGCGAGUUACAUUGGUACAACUCUGAUAGUGCGGCAGGUAGGACAGCACCUGAGCUUUGCCAUCCUCAUGCCUGAGGAAGUAGCAAGCUCACACACACAAGAGCAGGACCUGCAGCUCUGUGCAUCAGGCUGUCCGUUCACAGAAAGACUUCCCUGGAACUCCCCCAUCUACACUGCAGAAGGCGCCAAAGCCAAAUGCAAAGAGAGGCUGCUGGUGGAAGAUGUUUACUUUGAAUUUUGUGUCUUUGAUAUCCUGGUGACUGGUGAUCCCAAUGUUUCAUUAGCAGCAUUCAGGGCUGUGGAAGAUGCUAAAAUGUUACACCCAGAUAAGGAGACAUUUCACGUGUUCAGAAACAGUGUGUCUGGCAGGCCAACCCUCUGCUUUGUGCUUCUGUUGGCUUCUAUGCUGUGGAUCUUGGUUCGUAGCAAAUCCUUGUCAACUCAUCUGGUUGCCAUAUACGUUCUUUAUGUGUGUGACAGUGAGUCAUUUUUAAGAAUUGUCAACAGUCCUUCAAAGCCAGCAAGGUCACCAGGGACAUUUAAGGAGCUGAAGCUCUCUGAAUUUGUAUGCCGGGACCAUUUCACCUACACAAAAGCUGAACUGUUCCAGUGUCUGAACAUAGCCCUUCAAGAUGGUAGAAGAGGUCAUACAACAAAGUACAAUGCAUCUGCCUUGGCUCAGUCAAUCACUACUGAUGAAAUUCAGUCAAGGCAAAGGAACACAUGA